ACUUGAAUGAGUCAUCAAAUACAAAGCUCACUCUCUCUUUCUUUAGCUGACCGACUUCUCUCUCUAUACGUGUGUGUGUGUGUAUAUAUAUAUAUAUAUAUAACCAACUAAACCCUCUAUCGCACACAUCACAACUCCACUCCCUCACUUUUCUUGAAAAUUAAUUAUGGCUCUUGAAGCACUUAACUCCCCAAAUACCACACCGAAUCCUUUCAAUGCUGCCUAUGAAGACUCCGACAUCAAGCGCAAACGCUCAAAACGACAGCGUAGCGAGUCCCUUGCUCCUGCUUCACCCACCGAGGAUGAGUACCUCGCUCUCUGCCUUAUCAUGCUCGCACGUGGCAACAAUAACAGCGACGACAACAACGAGGCAGUGACAGUGGCUCAGCCGCAGCCGCCGCCUUCGAGUUUGAAAUUGUCGUACAAGUGCACUGUGUGCGGCAAGGCCUUCCCUUCUUACCAAGCACUCGGCGGCCACAAGGCCAGCCACCGGAAAUCCUCUUCUGGUGUCGAUAACAGUAAUAACGAUCAUCCUUCCAGCAGCACAACAACCGUGACCGCCGCCUCGAGUGGUAGGGCCCACGAGUGCUCUAUCUGCCACAAGAGUUUCCCGACCGGCCAGGCUCUCGGUGGACACAAGCGAUGCCAUUAUGACGGUUCCAAUAGCAAUAACAACAACAACAACAACGGAAGUGUGGUGACGUCAUCGUCGAGUCAAGGGUUGAGCCAGCACCAGCACCAGCAGCGCGGCUUUGACUUGAACUUGCCGGCUUUGGAGAUGGAAUCGGCUUGGGAAGGACACGUCAUCAUGGAUGGUCCCUGCGACGAGGAGGUGGAGAGUCCCCUGUCGACCAAGAAACCGCGUUUAUUGUUUAAUCGUGAAGGAUCGUUGAAUUAGGAUUUGCCAGAUUUCGUGGAUUACAAGAAUUCUUGUUUUUCUUCUUUUUGGAUAUAAAUUGGUUGUGUACAGCGGAUAUUACAUUAUCUGGUGUUGUAGUCAUUCUUUUAUUGUAUUCUACCUAAUAGAGUAAUUUUGAUUUUAUAUUUAGUAUAUUCUUCUCCUAA